AUAAACAAAAAAGCAUCAGCUGAUCAGAAACAUCUUGUCUGUGAAAUACCUGAUAGUAUCACGUGUCUACGGUAAAUGCGCUUUAUAUUCCUUUCGUGAAUCAUGGAUAUCUCAUCUGAAGAAAUUGUCGAUUCGUCUCAGAAAUCCAACAAGGGCAACUCUCGUGGUCGAUCUCUACGCCCCGGAACGCUGCGCAAAACAAAAGCACGUUCUCAGCGGCAAUCGACGACUAAAGUUCCUAGAAAAAAUGUAAGUCAAAGACGAUCGCUGGUCGCAUUAGAGGUUCCAGAAAGUUCUACCGAAGAAAAUUCCGUCAACAUUUCCGGAAGCCUCUUCACUGGUCAACAGGAACUGUUGAAGCACUAUCAGGAACAUGAGGAGAACCUAAAAGAACGCGAUGAAGUUCUGGAGACAGUUCUCGAACAAUCUCGGAAAGCAUAUGAACUGCUGAAGUUGCAGACCGAAGGAAGCCUUUUGAACACCACUGGUGCCCAGCUUAACGAAGUUGCUUUGUCUCAAAAUGGAACUGUUAGGGACAUUGCUAAUGCGGGACCCGAAAUUAAUCACAGGCAUUUUGGGGUCCAGACAGAGCAGCCGACCUCUCAUUUUCAUACGAUUGCUGUUCAAGUGUCGCCGAUUCGGCCGGAACGUGUUUUCAAAGAUGCUGUAGUUCAGUCGUCUCCAGACAAAAUGCUAAUCCGACCAACAACCUCUACCGGUUCUAACACCAACACAACAAGUGUCACAGACGCUAUAGCCCAAACAAUUCGGUUCGAAACUCGUGAUUUCGGCGUGCAGAAAUACCACAGCACUCGGGUUCGUGAGGCAUCCGUACAGGUUACGAUUGGAGAGCUGACGCGCAAUGUUUCCAAACGAAACGUUUGCAUCCAGCAGCGUUCUUCCGGAAUGCUGGAGCUAACAUCCGAGUGCGCCCUAAAUCUUGGUCUUGAGAUGAAAUGCGACCCAGCACGUUUGCUGCGGGUAAUGAUGAGAUUGGCGGCCAAACAAAGCAAUCGGGACAAUUCCUUGAAUAGCUCUGCCCCCGUCGAAUUCACCGAGGAGGAUCCGUACUUUGCCAAUGUCGAGUAUUUUAGGGGUGAAACCGUAGAAGACGCUAGUGUUACAUGGUCGGAUGACGGUGGAAUUGAAAGGAAAUCGACCUGCUGUGUUGAACAGUUUUAUUGAUAUCUACUAGUUGGGCUGAUGUGCCAAAUUAUGAAUAAAUAAAAACGCUAGAUGAUAUUGACAAAUUA